AUGCCUGCCCAAGCUCAGGCAAAGCGUCGUUCCGCACCUCAACCGGAAGAGAAGCCUGCUAAACGGACUCGAGUCUCACGAGCAUGUGACCAAUGCCGUGUCGCUCGUGAGAAGUGCGACGGAGUACAACCAACGUGCUCUACCUGCUCAGGAACGUCAAGAGAAUGCUCGUACACUGCCAACCCUAAGAAAAGAGGCAUUCAGCCUGGCUACAUUCGCACCCUCGAGUUAGCACUUGCGUACCUGUUUCAGCGGAAUCCCGAAAACGAAACUGCCCUCAAUGAGAAGCUAGCGCAGGGAGGAUCGUCUUCGCUACUGUUAGGUCGUGGCGACUCAAAAGAGUCGAACAAGCUUCACAGAAGAUGGCGGAAAGCAAAAUUCUACACCGACGUUGACAGGCUACUAUCUGGAGGAGAAACUUCGCGUCAUGAACAGACUGCAGCAGCUUCACCUCAUACUAGUGAUGAGGGUUCUGGGGUAGAGGAGGCUUUCGCUGCACAUGCUAGCCGUACACAGGAUCACAUUGGCUACCCACAGGACGAUAUAGAGUCUCCGAGUCUUGGUCAGCUUGUAGGAGCACCGCCUGGACCACUAGUAGAGGAGACUAUCUCAACAACCAUGCCGCCAGACAGCUGGAAGCUCUUGGAGGUCUACUUCGCCAAUAUUCAAUCCUGGCUUCCAAUCUGCGAGAAGCAUGACAUCCUGAAGACCGCCUACGACUACCCUACACAAGGACUCUCUAGCAAAUCCAACCGGCCCGAUUCGGGCUUGUAUGCCGAGUUGUGGAGUGUUUUGGCGGUAGCCUCACUAUAUGGAGUAAGCACAACGAAUCACGAUCCGUUAAAUUCUUCGUCAGCAAGGCCUGCUAAGCUGUAUGAGAGUGCUAAAUCCCUGGUACCAAACGAACUGGAUCGUUUCGACAUGGGUUGCAUCAAGGCGCUUCUCAAUUUGGUCGUGUUCAACAUGGCGCGAGGGCAGAGUGGAGAAGCAUGGCUGCUUGUUGGAUGUGCUUCGAGGGUCUUGGAGAGCGUGAACCAACUAACACUGAUGGGCAAUCCCAGGCACAAGCAUGUUUAUUAUGGCUGUUUCUUACUCGACAGCAUGCUAGCUCUCCAGCUCAAACGGCGUCCACAUUUUCGAAGGAGCGAUUUGGAACAUCUCGGAACGAUUGACGAAGACGGCCUGGAAGAGUGGCAGCCAUGGUCCGGCUUUCUCGACCCCUCACAUGCAGGAAGAAGAGCGCCGUUGCUCUCACUCAGCAUUUUCAACAGUGUUAUUGAACUUGUUGAUCUACUCAUCAGUAUCGAGCAGCCAUCUACAAGGCACAUUCACAAGGACGCUGUCGAAUGUCUUGAACGGUGGAGGGCGAUGCUUCCUACAAAAUUAGCUCACAUAUGCACCGGCAACGGUUUCUCCGUCCUUACUCCACCGGCUGCCCUGCUCUUGGCGACAUACCAUUACGCCUCAUUCGCUUGCAGUCCGUCCGAUGCAAGCUUCCACCGGUUAUUGGACGUCUUGGAUCGAUGUUUCGAGCAUCCAACUUCCCAAUGCCUGCCACCAACAAUCCGAUGUCUACUAGACGUUGCGAACAGGCAAGCUGCGCAACUUGUUCUGCAUGACGUAAAUCGCAUGCGCCUGGAAAGACUGCGGGAGAGAAACAUAGCUGACUUCAAUGCACAACACCAGACACAAGUGCUUGAGAGCACAGUCAUGCCUCUCAGACAGCAUACAACUGAUGUACAGAUGUCAUCUGCAGCUUCAUUGCAGACUCUGUUUUCGGACGCGUAUCCUAUAGCUCAGCCAGCGGCCACCCCUCACCAUGCCUUCUUUCCCGGUCCUAGUCACUCGCAAAUCGAUCCUCGGUGUCCGGAACCCACCAGCGAUUUAGAAAGCUUCUUCGACGAACUGGCUUCGCUAGACAGCGCAACCAGAUCGGAUACCCAACCGCAGUUUAUGCAAAAUCUAGGUUUCGGUCCAGACGCAAGCAUGGCUGAUUUGUUCAGCGAAUAUAUACCUAUGCAGUCGUCGAGUUUUAUCACACGAGACGAGUCCGCGCCUGCCAAUCUAGAUCAAUACAACUUCUACGAUGCGAGUUGA